UUCAGUUAUGUGUAUGGCGUUGAUGGCAUGGAAAUCAGCAAAUUUGCACAAGAGGCCGAAGAUGAUUUGGGAGACCUGAUAGUAAAGGAAAAAUGGUGGCGUGGUCUACGAGGUCCUCGCAAGAGGAGGAUAUUUCCCUGGGGAAGCGGAGGCAUGAAUUUUCACCGUCGGAAAAACAAUGAACAUUGGACACUUGACGAAGUGAGGAAGCUGGUUAAGGGUGUCAAGACAUAUGGUGUUGGGCGAUGGACUAUGGUGAAGAGUCGCUACUUCUCAUCAUCAGUUCGAGACCCAUCACAUCUCAAGGACAAAUGGAGGAAUCUUCUGAAAGCUUGUGGGGUCCCGUGCACCUCCAUAAGGAAGGAGAAGGCACAAAAGACUAUGUUCCGGCCCUUGGAUACAGAGUUGAUCGAACAGAUCCAAGGGUUGGCCAUCGAUUCAGCCUCCACAUCAAAAAUAAGGAAACACCGUGGGGAAGGAACAACCAGCUAGCUGAGAAUGACAACAAAAUGAUGGUUGAGGCUUUAUAAGUUUACAUAAGUUAAGUUAGCAACAUCUAAAUGUGUUAUACUUCCUUUGAAAUUGGGAAGUAUGUGAUGCAAGAAAAGCCAGAUAAUCAUAUGAAACCGCCCGGCCUUUGUCCAUCUAUAUAUACCGUAAUUAGCAUUGUGUACUGUAUAAAUUAUAUGUGGCCGGUGCCCUAGCAGAUUCCAAACAUUUUGUUUUGCUCUUAGUUUUCCUUCUCCUUGAUGUAAAGGUUCCACGAUCACUUUGUAAAUGUUUUCUUACUAU